CACAGGAGGCGGAGAGCCUGCUGAUCGCUCUUUCUAUCGGCUGCCCUGUGCCCUCCAUCACUCUCAGGAAGGAUAUUACAAAUACGUCUUUUUUUGGACCACGAUGGGGACGCAUAUCGCAUUUGAAGGAAGUCUAAUGUAGAUGCAGAGCCAGAGGAGAGUCCAGGCAGCAGUAGUAGCAGCAGCAGCAGCAGCACUAAUAGCAGCACCAGCGGGGCUGUCGAUGCUCUCUCCUCAGCUCCGACUCCAGCUCCCCCUCAGGCCUCUGCAGGAGUGCCCGGAGAGGGAUCAGACAGCAGCUCCUGCUCUGACUCAGACACUUCAGUAGACUCCAGCUCCUACGAGGAGGAGGAGGAGGAAGAAGAAGAGGGCAAGAUGUUCUCCUCCAAAUUCCUCAGUGGGGGCAAUCCGCUUAGUGCUGUGUCCUCUGCUGUUAACAAAUUUGGACUAUUUGGCGAUGAAGGGGAAGGGGACAAAAACCAGAAAGCUCCCCCACAGCACGGGGUCAAGCCAAGUGGAGGUCAACUGUCAGGUUUGGACCCUAACAAAAGCACGCAGCAAGAGAAGGGACCCCCAAAACUCAACCAGGGUGAUCCUUUGCAGAAGAGCCAGCCCCUUGCUAAACAGAGAGGACCAGAGCUGCAUGGGAAUGGACAGACAGGACCCCUAAAACACCCCCCAGCACAACCUGAUGCUCAGCCAAAAGGCUCAGUGCAACAUGGUUCACCCAAAGCUGGCGGACAACAGACUAGGAGUGACUUACCUAGAGCGGGGACACCACAUCAAGGGAAUGCUAAGACUGGAAUGCGACCAGACUCAGUACAGCAAGGAGCAGCCAAGGUUGGACAACAGCAGCAGCAGGGGUCGCCUAAACCUUUGCAGCAACAACAAAGGUCACCAAAUACUGGACAGCAACAACAGGGGUCACCUAAGCCUUCCAAGCAACCACAGAGUACCCCUAAUGUUGGCCCAACACAGGCUGCACCCAAGGCGGGAGCACAGCAGCAGUCCGGGCCUAAAGGACCUGGUACACCUAACCCCUCACGGGGUUCAGGGUCUCCAUCUUCAGCACGGAGUCAAGAUGCACAUUCCCAAGCAAAAGCAGUAGCCAAGCCACUUUGUCCAGUUUGUAACACAACCCAACUCAACAUACACACCAAGGAGCCACCAAACCAUAAAACAUGCACACAGUGUAAAACACAAGUUUGCAGCUUGUGUGGCUUCAGCCCACCGGACUCUGAUGGAUCCGAGUGGCUUUGUCUCACCUGCCAGAUAAAGAGAGCUGAAGCACCAAUGAAAAAGCCAACAUCAUCAAAAAUGCCAUCUUCGCCUGCUGCUCCUGUCAAAAAGGAGACACCGGCAUCAGGUUCACCCAGUAAGACCUCAAGUUCUUCAGCAAAAGUGCCAGCCAAAAGUGAGGUUAAGGUCCAAGAGAGACCAAAACAUGUUGGUGAAGAUUCUACGCAAAAGGAGAACCAGACAGCAUCAGGUUCCCAGAAACCACAUCCUUCAAGCGGACCAGGGCAAAGAAGUGUGAGUCCUGCACCACAACAAGAAGGGAUGUUUGGCUUUGGUGCUUCAAAACCAGCAAAGCCUGCAGAGGAGUCAGUGACUGGGAAAAUGUUUGGAUUUGGUUCUUCCAUAUUCAGUUCUGCAUCUACGCUGUUAGCCUCCACACCACCAGUUUCUCCUAAAAUGCAACCCACCAAGGAUAUGAAACCACAAGAGCAGGAGAAGAAACUCCAAACCGAGCAGGCCAAAGUUCAAACAGCAGGACAGGCCAAAGUUGUAGAGGUAGCACCCAGCAAUGUUCCCCACAAAGGCCAAUCUUCUUGUGCUAUCUGUAAGAUGGUGCUCAACAUGGGCUCCCAGGACUCUGCCAACUACAGCCGCUGCACGGAAUGCAAAAGCACUGUGUGCAAUCAAUGUGGAUUUAACCCCAUGCCAAAUGUAAAAGAGGGGAAAGAGUGGCUUUGUCUAAAUUGCCAGGUGAAAAGAGCUACCAAAGGAAUCGAGCCCCUGAAAGACAGUCCAUUGGCUACUUCACCAUUAAAAAGGACUGUACCCCAAAAGACUUCUCCACUGGACUCUCCACAGAGGAAUGUACCUACUUCAGCAUCACAGUCAUCCAAGGCUGAAGCUGUUAAAGCACAUGACAGUCAGAAAACGGCUUACCCCACUCCUGCCCAGAAAACACAGCAGGACAACAAGAAGGCAGAUCAACAGAGGAUAGCAGAGCAGUCAAAGGUAACUGCACAAAAGCAAGGAAAUGCCACUGAGGCCCCUGCCCAGCAUGAAACAGGAGGAUUCUUCGGUUUCGGAAGCCCUAAAAAGCAGACUGAUCCUACAAAACCUGCAGAGUCAGUAACAGGGAAGAUGUUUGGAUUUGGUUCUUCUAUAUUCAGCUCUGCAUCCACUUUGAUUUCCUCUACUGCCCAAGAUGAACAUAAACCGGCAGCAUCACCGGCCUCUCCCAAAAUGUCUACUUCAAAAGACUCUCCAUCUGCAAAGAAAGCAGGGCAGGAAAAGAAACCACAACAAAGCCAGGAGGGUCCGAAAGCAGACAGACCAUUGUCAGAGCCUAAAGGGAAAGCAGAUGCAUUCAAGGUUGGUCCUCAGUCUUGCCCUGUCUGUAAAUCAGCACUAAAUGUUGGCUCUAAAGAUGCACCCAACUUCAACACAUGUACGGAGUGUAAAAAUGUUGUCUGCAACCAAUGUGGAUUCAACCCAAUGCCAAAUGUAAAGGAGGUGAAGGAGUGGUUAUGCCUCACCUGUCAAAUGCAACGAGCCCUUGGAGCUUCCCAACCCCCAGGAACCCCCAUGAUGAAACCACAGGCCUCGCCAAACACAGCUCGUGCAUUGUCUAAUGUCCCCAAGAAGGAAAUGAAAGACAUCCCAACAACUGCUGAGUCUAAAGUGAAGGAAACCUCUGCUGCUUCAGAACCAGAGAAGGAAGUUGCAAAGAAGAACAUUGUGAAAGGACCGGAGAACCAUAAAUCCCUAACUCCAGCUCCAGGUCCAAAAGCUCCAUUGGAAGACCAGAAGAAAGGACCCCAGAAACCACCAGAAACAAUUAGUAAAACUGGUCUAAAGGAGAAUAAUGCUUCCUCCAAUGCACAGAAAGAUUCCCAUGAUCCUCAAAUUCACUCUGAUGCGGUGAAGUCCACGGAAUCAAUAGGUGGAAAAAUGUUUAGUUUUGGUUCCUCCAUCUUUACUUCCGCAUCCACUUUAAUAACCACAGCUGGCCAAGAUGAAUCCAAAACUACACCUCCGCUGUCCCCCAAGAUACCUGCCACAAAGAUGACCAAAUCGCCUCUUGCUCAGGAAAAAGAACUAAAGAAACAAGAGCCAGUCCGACAAGUUAAACCGCCAUCUGAUCAGUUAAAGGAGGCUCCAGCUUCCAAAGAAGGCAAAUCUACCUGUCCUCUGUGUAAGGUGGAAAUUAACUUGGGUUCCAAGGAUCCUCCCAACUACAGCAAAUGCACAGAAUGCAAAAACACUGUUUGUAACCAGUGUGGAUUUAAUCCCGUGCCAAAUCUGGCAAAGGAAAAAGAAUGGCUAUGCUUGAACUGUCAGAUGCAAAGAGCCCUGAAUGCAUCAGAACCCACACAGCUUGCCAUAAAACCUUCCAAUGCAGUGAAAAAAACCCUUCCAUCUUCUGAACCUCAGAAGACAAAAAUUUUAAAUGAAGUGGAAACAACUAAGAAGGAAUCAUUGAAAUCUGACGUGCCUCUGAAAGUGCACAGUGCAGCAUCUGAGAAGAAGGACGGUUCUGCACCAAGUUCUCUGCAAAAGAGUCAGCCCACAGCUGGAACACCGGCAAAUAAGACUGCUAUUUUAAAAGAACAGAACAAACAGGAUACCCCAGUGUCUGAGCAGGAACCUGAUACCAGGAAAUCUGAUACCAGGAAAUCACUUGACCAGACUCCUCAGUCUGGUCUAAAACAGAAUAAAGUCACCUCCGAAGUCUUGAGUGGCCCCAAAACAGGGUCUGAUGCUUCCAAAACAACAGACUCUAUCACUGGAAAGAUGUUUGGCUUUGGUUCUUCUAUUUUCAGCUCAGCAUCCGCUCUAAUAUCAUCAGCUGUUCAAGAGGAAUCACGCACCACACCACCAAGCUCUCGCAAGAUGUCUGCUCCAGUGCAGGUUUCUCAAAAGAGUGCAAAUGAACUAAAACAUUCUCCCAAAUGUACACCAACAGUUUCCCCCAGCAAAGUGCCACCAAAAGGACCUGAAGUUCUUGCUCAGGAGGUCAAGAAACCAGAAGAGGCCAACCAGGUUAAACAAGGGCCAUCCCAGCCACCAAAGGCAGGUACAAUUCCUCAAACCCAAUUGAAAGCAGGCCAUAAAAACUGUCCACUAUGCAACAUCAAACUAAACAACAGCUCAAAGGAACUCCCAAAUUACAAUACCUGCACUGAGUGUAGGACCACCGUUUGUGACAAAUGUGGAUUUAAUCCAAUGCCAAAUGGAGAGAAAAAUGAAUGGUUAUGCCUUACCUGUCAGAUGAAAAGAGCAGUUGAAGCAUCUGAGCAACCAGCUUUUCUAAAACAGACUCAGAAAUUUGAAGUUCCUGCGGUCAUGUCAAUGGAUAGCUCCAAACCAGUUCCAACAUCUCAGCCAAAGGCAAAUCCAAGCCAGGCUGUACCCCCACAAGAAAAAUCAGCUUCUGUUAAGUUGGGCAAACCUGAAACUUCAACCACACCAAUGAAGUUGGCUAGUCUCGCACCUGAUGAUAAAACACAACAGAAAAAUGAGAAGACAAUUCCUGAAAAACUACCAGAGUCAGCAAGCCAACCUGGACGUGAACAAAGUAAUGCCACUGCAGCAAAGCAGCAAGAGACAGGAGGAUUUUUUGGCUUGGGUGCAACCAAAUCUCAAAAGGACACAGAAAAUUCUACAGAUUCAGUCACUGGAAAGAUGUUUGGUUUUGGUUCUUCAAUAUUCAGCUCUGCAUCUUCAUUAAUAACAUCUGCUGUUCAGGAUCAUCCUAAUAAAACACCCCCAGCGUCUCCCAAAAAGUCAUCUGCCAUGGACAUUAAAUCUGAUGUUCAUCAGAAGUUGGAGGCACAGAUGAAAACCGAGUCAACACACCAGAGCAAGAUGCCACCAUCAGGUCCAGCUAAAGAGGGAAAUACGGUCACAACAGAACGUCCAAAGACUGCAGAAACUACCAAAUCAGCUGUCAAACCAGGUUCUACGUGCCCGCUCUGUAAGGUUGAACUCAGCAGGUCGAAAGACGAAGCCAACUACAAUACCUGCACUGAAUGCAAAAACACUGUGUGCAACCAGUGUGGAUUUAAGCCCAUGCCUAUUGGGGAGAAAAACGAAUGGCUCUGUCUUAUGUGUCAGACAAAAAGAGCAGAUGAAGCUUUUCAAAAACAGGCUCAAACAUCAAAUAACAAAGUUCCUCUUGCGGUCAAGUCGAUGGACAACUCCAAACAAACUACAACAACUCAAGCAAAGGCACACCCAAGCAAUGCAGAUUCCCCACAGAAAAAACUGUCUACGAUUUCAGUUAAGUCAGAUAAACCAGAAACUUCUACCACAAAGUUGGAUAGCUCAGCACCUGAUGAUAAAACACAACAGAAAAAUGGGAAGAAAGUUCCUGACAAACUACCAGAUCUGGCAGGCCAAACUGAACGUAAGCAGACUAGUGCCACUGCAGCAAAGCAAGAAGAGACAGGGGGUUAUUUUGGCUUGGGUGCCACUAAAUCUCAGCACGAUACAGGGAAGUCUACAGAUUCAGUGACUGGAAAGAUGUUUGGUUUUGGUUCUUCAAUAUUUAGUUCUGCAUCUACAUUAAUAACAUCUGCUGUUCAGGAUCAACCUAAGACAACAACACCAGGUUCUCCCAAAAGGCCCCCUACCAAGGAGAUUAAGUCUGAUGUUCCUCAAAAGUUGGAACAGACACCUCCGUCAGGUCCAGACAAAGUGGAAAAUAAGGUCACAUCAGAACCGAAAAAGACUGCAGAAACUACCAAAUCAGCUGUCAAACCAGGUUCUACCUGUCCAAUCUGUAAGGUUGAACUCAAAAUGGAUAUGAAAGACAAAGCCAACUACAAUACCUGCACUGAAUGCAAAAACACUGUGUGUAAUCAGUGUGGGUUUAACCCCAUGCCUAUUGGAGAGAAAAAGGAAUGGCUAUGUCUUACCUGUCAGACGAAAAGAGCAGUUGAAGCAUCGGAGCAAACAUCAGUGGACAUGUCCAAGUCAGUAACAGAAAUGCAAACAAAGUCAAAUCCAAGCCAUCCAGAACCUCCACAUGAAAAGCCAUCUACAACCUCAGUUAAAUUAGAAAAACCUGAAGCUCCUGCUACACCAGAAAAAUUGGUUUGCCCAGAACCUGGUUAUAAAACACCACAGAAAAAUGAGAUGCAUGCUCCCGAGAAACAAUCAGAUCUGGCAAGCCAAACUGGACGCAAGCAGAAUAAUGCCACUCCUGCAAAGAAACAGGAGAGUGGAGGAUUGGGUGCAACAAAAUCUGAGCAGAAUUCAGUGACUGGAAAGAUGUUUGGCUUUGGUUCCUCAAUAUUCAGUUCUGCAUCUACAUUAAUAACGUCAGCUGUUCAGGAUCAGCCAAAGACAACACCACCAGGUUCUCCCAAAAAGUCACCUGCGAAAGAAAUUAAAUCUGAUGUUCCGAAGAAGUUGGAACAAACACAGCAGAGCAAGACACCUCAAUUAGGUCCAGCCAAAGAGGGACAUAAGGUCACAACAGAACCGCCAAUGGAAGCAGCAGCAACCAAUUCAGCUGUCCAACCGGGUUCUACCUGUCCGCUCUGUAAGGUUGAACUCAGCUUGGGUUCAGAAAACCAAGCCAACUACAGCAGUUGCACUGAAUGCAAGAAAACUGUGUGUAAUCAGUGUGGAUUUAACCCCAUGCCAAACGAAUCAAAGGUGAAGGAGUGGCUGUGUCUCACCUGCCAGAUGCAGCGAGCUUUAGGUGCGAGCCACCCUACAGGAACUCCUAACAACUCUCAAGUUCCCAUAAAAGACCUUACCAGCAGAGCUGAGCCUGAAAAGAAAGUGGCAAUCGCACCUCAGAAACAACCAACAGCUGGAAUUGCACAGCCUGCAACAGCUCAGUCUGCUAACAAGCCAGAUGGUCAGAAAGACAGCAGUAGUGCUCCUGCUAAAAAGAUACCACAAGAUGACCACAAAACAUCUGGCUUAAGCAUAUCACCAGACCAGACAAGAAAAACUGAACGCAAGCGGAGUAUUGCUGCUACAGCACACCAGCAAGAAUCAGGUGGCUUCUUUGGUUUUGGUGGCAGUAAAACCCAACCUGAAGCUGCGAAACCAGCAGAAUCAGUGACAGGGAAAAUGUUUGGCUUCGGAUCAUCUAUUUUCAGCAGUGCAUCCACUUUGAUUACUUCUGCAGUUCAGGACCAGCCAAAAACCACUCCACCGGUCUCUCCCAAGAUGUCCCCUGCAAAACAGAGUCCAUCUCCUUCUGUACAGAAGAAGGGACAACAGAUUAAGCCAGAACAAACACAACAGGCUUCAUCUGAACAGGCCAAAGUGGACAAAAAUUCAUCUAAAAAAGAUACCCAGUCCACAUGUCCACUUUGUAAGGUUGACCUCAACAUUGGCUCCAAAGAGCUUCCUAACUAUGAUAAAUGCACCAACUGCAAGAGUACAGUCUGCAAGCAGUGUGGAUUCAACCCUAUGCCAAACGUAUCAGAGAAAAAGGAGUGGCUGUGUCUGAUGUGCCAGAUGCAAAGAGCUCUCUCAACAACAGAAGCAGUAGAACCCCCAUCUGUGAAACCUCAGUCAUCACCCAACAAAGUGACUAUACCAGCUGCUGCUAAUCAAAAUAAAGAUAUGAUACCAACACAAAAAGGAGAUAUGGACAAAAAUCAGAAAGGCAAAACUACACUAGUUGCAUUAGAAAGGAAUGAAGUUCCAACAAAAGAGAUUAAACCCGGUUCACUUCCUGCUAAAGAAGUUCAAAUCUCCACAGCAGCUCCAGUUGAAGAGAAGGCACCUGCAAUUUCAAACACUGAUAAACCUUUAAUUGAUCAAACACCUUCCAGCACAGAUGUUGAAUCUUCACUAAAGAAUAAGAAGGCUCAAACUCUAUCAACCUCACUUGCAGCAACAGAGGCAUCUGGUAAAAAAGAUCAGGCAGCAGAAGAAAUUCAAAAGUCAGGAGACCAAGUAGCCUCGUCCGCUGAUAUAAAGCAGCCAUCCAAAUUCCAGAGCAAAGAGCCAAACCUUGUUGCCAAAGCUGCUCCCGCCACAGCACAGCCAACCAGAGGUACAGGAAGUUUAGUCAACAUUGAUGCUACAAAAUCUCAGCAAGGGGUCUCCAAAACAGCCGAAGCAGUGACAGGAAAGAUGAUGGGAUUUGGUUCAACCCUCUUUAGCUCAGCAUCUUCUUUAGUAACGUCUGCCGUUCGUGAGGAAUCACACAUUACAUCACCAGGGUCUCGUAAAAUGUCUGCCCCGGCACAAAGCUCUGAUAAAAUGCCAGCAUCUCAGAUCCCACCGGUCAAGUCAAGCCCCGCUGUAUCUAAAACCUCCACAAAGGAUGUGAAGUCUGCCGAUAUUCAACAAAAAGCAAUGGAGAAGAUAGUGGACCAGCCUCAGCAGGUCAAGGCUUUGCCACCAGGAACGAAGAAAUUGGACCAAGGUUCAUCAGAACCUUUAAAUUUAGAGGCUCCCCAAGUUGCUCCCCAAGCAACCGAGCUCAACUGUCCUCUUUGUAAGGUUGAAUUUAAUGUUGCUGACAAAGAUCAAGCUAAUUACAACUCCUGCACUGAAUGUAAAACCACAGUCUGCAACAAAUGUGGAUUUAGUCCCAUGCCGAAUAAAGCAGAGGGGAAAGAAUGGCUAUGUCUCAACUGUCAGAUGCAGAGAGCACUUGGUGCCUCUGAACCUCUUGGGCUUCCCCUGAUAAAACCUCUAUCUUCACCGAGCAAAGACAUGACUCCUCCCACAACGGAGAAAGAUACAGCUAUGCUCACGAAGGAACCCAUUCCUGUCGAGACUAUCGAGAUAGAUACGACCAUAGAGAGCAAAUCCGCAGCCACUAGUGAGCCAACUGGGAAGGCAAACCUGGCAGCUACUGCUUUGCCUGAAAAAAGCAUUCCUCUUGAAAUCAAGAAGACAGAUGUUGCAUCUACUUCACCUGAAAUUACUCCUAAAGGGCAACCUGGAAUACCCCAGAAGCAACCUCCAGACACUACUGUAAGGGCUGUUCCCUCAUCAGCACCAGAAGCAGGCAAAAUAACCCCCCAACAGCCUGAAAAGGCUGUGAAAUCUCCAGCCAAAUCAAUGCCACCAACAACCCAGCCUGCAAAGCAGGAGUCAGGGGGUUUCUUUGGCUUUGGUGGUCCUAAAACACAAUCUGCCAAACCUGCUGAGUCAGUGACUGGAAAGAUGUUUGGUUUUGGGUCAUCUUUCUUGAAUUCAGCAUCCAAUUUGAUAACUUCAGCGGUUCAAGAUGAAACAAAAACAACACCUCCUACGCCACGUAAAAUGUCUAUGCAGGCCUCUCCCAAAACGACACCGCCUGCAUCUCCUAAAACAAUACCUGCAAACCAAGACACUAAACCACCUGCAGUCCUGAAAACCGAGGAAGCAAAAUUGGAAAAACCACUGGUGAAAACAACUCCCUCAACAACACAAGUGGAUAAGUCUCCAUCCAUGCUUCCCAAAACACCAGUAGCACCUCCAAAACCAGCUCAGCCCCCCUGUCCACUCUGUAAGGUGGUACUGAACAUGGAUUCUAAAGAUGCUCCCAACUUCAACACCUGCACAGAAUGCAAAACUACUGUCUGCAACCAGUGUGGCUUCAAUCCAUUGCCCGGUGUCUCAGAGGUAAAGGAAUGGCUUUGUCUGAACUGUCAGAUGCAGAGGGCCCUCGGACUAUCUGAAACUACUGGACAUGCAGUAGUGAAACCUCAGCCCUCACCUACCAGGACAGGUCUUCCUCCUUCUGAACAUGCUGUUGUUCAGCCAGAGAAGUCUUCAUCAGUCAAAGAAGAGGGCGCUAAACCCGUGAAUGAGGACUCACAGACAUGUACAAUGAAAAAGCCUGAUUUAUCGCAAGGUGUGGUGCCGAAGACAAAAGUCCCUGCGGUUGGUGAUCAAGGAAAAGGCCAGGAUGUGAUUCCUACUGGAAAACCCCAAACCCAGGGAGAGAUUUCUCAAACUCCAAAACCAGAAGUCAAGGCUGGUGUUGCAAAACCGGCAGAUAGGAAACCAGUUCAGCAGCCUUUGAAAUCUCCUGUCAAACAUACACCACCACCAGCAGCUGCAGCUACUAAACAGGAGUCGGGCAGGCUCUUUGGAUUUGGUGCUCCCAAAACACAACCAAAGGCAGCUGACACUGUCACUAGUAAAAUGUUUGGAUUUGGUUCCUCCAUUUUUAGCUCAGCAUCCACAUUGAUUACCUCUGCUAUUCAAGAUGAGCCCAAUAGUACUCCAGUUUCUCCUAAGAUGUCCCCUGCAAAGGAAAACAAAGAUGCUCGAAAACCACAACUGCCUCAACAGACCAAACCUACCCCCUUGGCUCAGGUUAGAGCCCCGGAAACAAAAGUCACAGAAGGCCCCAAAGUGGACAUUCCCAAAUCCGAUACACUGUCCACCUGUCCACUCUGUAAGGUUGAGCUCAAUAUGGCCUCCAAGGAACCACCUAAUUACAACACAUGUACUGAAUGCAGGAGUGUUGUCUGUAGCCUCUGUGGAUUUAACCCCAUGCCGCAUACUGGAGGGAAGGAAUGGCUAUGUCUUAACUGCCAUACACAAAAGGCUUUGGUGGGACAACUCGGAGACUCAGGAAAACUGCCUCAGCCUUCACCAGUAACAGCUCUACCAGAGACACCAGCCAUACUUGCUAUGAAAAAGGUGGAAAUAAAACCUGCUCCUGCAAAAGCUGAGCCUGAAGCUGAAGUUGCAGAACAACCGACCACGCUUAUACCAACCGCAACAACAAGGCCAACAACAAAGAUAGACCCCAUAUUUAGCAAACCAGAAGCCACAGAUGCAGCAACUCCAAAAGCUGAACUUGAGUCUGGACCAAAUGUAGUCAAGGUUCCAACUGUUAUCGAAGAAAAACAACAGUUAAUUGAAUCUACAGCAGAACCCAUUAAAUCACAGGUGGUCCCUGAACCUGAAUUGGCCAGAACAGAUGUAACAGUAGAAAGAACGGAUUUGACAAAAGAUGACUCAAGUGUGAAAGAAAUUCCCAAAACUGAGCCCUCAAAACCCUCAGUUGAGUUUGCUACUGUUCCAGUGAAUGAAACAAAACAACCUCUAUCAGAGAGGAUUGAAGUCAAGACAACGAAUGUUGAAGACCAAAUCAAACUGAGCGAGCCUGCAACAUCUGUUCACAAGGCUGAAGUUCAGGAACAGUCACAAGAACCUGUGCUGGUCGCAACAGUCCCACAGUUGACACCAACUAAGAGCAAUCAAGCGGUGGAAAAAAUAGCUGAUACCACCCUCUCCUCUGAGCACCAACCAGAGUCUACAAAGGAGCCAGAUAAAAUGUCAAAAGAAGCUGAGAUACCGCAGAUACCUUUCCAUCCUGGUGGGAUAGAUAAAUUGGAGAACACAGUUGUGUCUAUGACAGCUACCAAGUCAGAAGAUGAUAUUGAACCUCAAAUUUUACCCAUAUCAGACAAACCGAAUGACGACCAGGUGAUAUGCAGUUCAACUAAACAUAAUGUCGAAGAAGAACAGAGCCCGCAAGUUAAGGAGGUGGUUGAAGGUGGGAAAAGGCGCCUUAGUUUCCAGGCAAUGGAAGAGAGCAGUGGAAGUGAUUUCACACCUUCACCUGAGGUUCAAAGGAGGAGGCUGAAAGUGAGUGAUGUGUCAUCUAUCAGUGAGGACAUCCACACUGAAAGCGCUGACUCAUCUAUAGAAGAUGAAGACCUAAUCCGCAGUCAGAUAAUGGGUAUGGGUGAUGAAGAGGAAAUGUCUCUUUCUGAUGGUGAGAAAGAAAGGAAAUUGUCCAAUGAAAAAGUCGUCAAAAAGGCUGUGCUUGUUAAUACCUGGAUGAAACUGAAAUCACUGUCUAGUGAAGGAAGCACGGACAAUGAAGGAACUUUAGCAUGGAAAAAAUCCCCUCUCAUGGCUAGUGCAGGAGAUUCUGAAACACUCCCCAGCACAACUUUGAAGAAAGCAAUUCCAGUCAUCAGACAAAGGCAAAGCACUGAUGAAGAGGUAGAGAGUCUCACUGAAUCACUGUCAAAGGGGUCAUCCAGUGUUCAAGCAUCUAGCUUUACUCCAGGGUCAUCACCUACAUCUGCAUCAUCCCUGGAGGAGGACAGUGAUAGCAGUCCAAGUCACAAAAGAAUAAGUGGUGACAAACAGUAUCACAAAGGUAAACACAGACAUGCAACCCAGCCACUCCCCAUCAUUGAAGACUCAUCUGAGGAUGAGAAAUCCCAGAAAGAAAACAAUGAACUAAGUGUGCAUGAGCUCUUGUCUCAGAGUGAAAGUCCUUCCUCAGCAGAGGAUCUGAGACACGUCACUGUAAUGGAUGACACCAAUAAAACAUCAGGCUCUGAGCAUUUGGUCGGUGUUGAAGAAGAUCCAGAAACAAGACAAGCUGUACAAAGAGGGCGCAAACCUUCUCCAACUGUGAUACCGUUCACCCUAGUUGAAGAAAAUGAACCAGUUUCAAAAUUAUUAAAGAGCGCGGAAGAAGCAUAUGAGGAAAUUAUCCAGAAGGCCAAAGCUAUUCCAGGCGAUAGUCCUCCAGACGUUGAACCACUUUAUGGAGGAAUGGCAAUAGAGGACUAUCUCUAUGAAUCCUUGGUUGAGGAUCCAGAGAUUGCGAUAUGUGAAUAUCAAGACACUGAACCUAAACAGGACGACACCCCUGAACCUUUCAAGAAACUCAGGUCGCCAGAGGAGGUUUAUGAAGAAAUGAUGGAAAAGAAGAGAGAAUUGAUGAUGAUAGAGCAAGAAUUUCAACAGGCCCAGACUGCCAUGGAAUCUACACCUCCUUUAGGUGCUGAAACCUGUGUUGGAAUUGAACCCACAGAAGAAAUACCCUACACUGAAGAAAUUGAGCCUUCUGCAGCAACUGACGCUUCUAGUGAGUUGCCAGUCAAGAAAAAGAAACGACCAGCCCCACCACGGCCUUCUGAGCCCCCCAAGCGUCCUGAGGUGACUGUUGUUCCAAGCACACCUUCUGGUUCUAUAGGUUUUGUUCGACCCAUGAUUCCACUAGAUCCUGCACUUAGAAAGGCCCUAUUCCCCAUACCUGACCUCAAGAUUACUCAAUGUUCAUCAGGGGAAGAAGAGGAUGACAGUCUUGCAGAUGAGUAUGGUGUUGGGAUUUCUUCUGACAUUACCCCAAGUGAUGAUUCUGAAACCAAAGAGAAUCAAUCGGUAAGCCCACCCUCUUCUGAGAUGACAGAAACUGAACUGAUUUCUGUCGUCUGUGAAAUCCCAGAACCAAAACCUAUUCCAACUCCAAUAUCAGCUCCAGAACUAACCACUACGCCUUCCCCUGUAUCACCACUGUCCCCGCCAACUUCACCAGCCACACCAGAUUCUAGCAUUGCCUCGAAUGCAACAUCCUCAUCCUCUUUCCAGGCUCAGACACCUUUAUCGUCAGAUUCAACUCCUCUUUGUACACCUACAGCUUCCUUCGUAACUCAAUCCUCCCAAGAGAGCUUACCACCGUUGCCCGCUAAAAUUGAAGCUUCUGGAGAAAGCUCUGCAGUCACUGUAAUGAUAUCAGAUGUGGUGUCUGACCCUUUCAAAGCUGAAACCAUCACAAUGGAUGACGUUUCUAUUGCUGUGGUCCCAAUCGAAGCCCCAGUGGAGACUUCACCUGCUGUUGUUGAAAUGCCUGACUUGGUUUCCUCUCCCUCUCAAAUACCAAUUGAGACUUCAGUGGUGGAGGUGUCAGCACCGAGUCAAAAACCUGUUUUUGUCACGGCCAAGCAACCGGCUCAAUUUAGUGAAACACAUGUUACCAGCAAAGUUCCAGUUUCAAUUCAACCUACCUCUACUACUACUGUUGGUGCAGUAUUACACGAUGAACCGGUAAUUGUCCAGAUGCCUGACAUGGUUUCAACUACGUCUCUAAUCUUUACACAAACACCCAUGACAGGCUCAGCAACCACAAUCACAGCAACCCCAACCAAGGCCCAACACAAUGUGGUAAACUCAGUCCCUGUUCAAUCAGUUAUGAUCCCGACAUCUGUUCCAUCAACUACUAUAGUCAAAAAGAAAGUUCCACCUCCUCCUCCCCCAAGAUCUACUUCAGUUUCAUUACCGGAGCAUGACAAAGAGCAGCUACCGACAAGGGGCUCUUCAUAUGUUUCCGCGACUAUAGCUCCCACCAUGACUACAGGAGCCCCAGUUGUUGUCCAGACAAUGCAGUCUGUUGUUGUGGAUAUACAGCCAAGAAUGGAGGAGAUGAAACCAGAUGAUGUGGCUGUACCUCAAGUAGUGACUCCAACAAGACCAGGCCAUGUAGUCAUCAUAGUGCCAAGUGCGGAAAACAUCUCUCGUCUUUACCAUACUCCACAAAGCAGCACAAUCUCUUCCACUGCAUCUCAGGCACCAAGUAUACAACCUAUCAUUACCACUACUGCCCUAUCUAAAACAGCCGUGUCAGACAAAUUCAAAGUAGAUACAUUACCAUCUACUUCUGUGAUAGCAGUGCCAAUUGUCUCAGUUCCACCACGACCACCUAACCCUGCCAUCAGAACUAAUGUUGUAGAAACAGUAGAAAUACCUGUAUCUGAGACACCUACCCCACCUCCUUCCACUUUACCAAAGCCCACUAUUUACCCAAAACCACAAAUUCCCACAGCAAUGACGGCUACUUCAGGAAUGGUACAACAGUUUUCUGUUACAACAACUAGCUCUUGUCCUUCUCCAAAGGCUCCCCCACCAAUACCACCUAAGCCUGUAAUCAUCCCAGCUGGACUGGUUUUCAGCCACAAACCAGGAGAAAGUGUCAAACCACCUCCUGUUGCGCCAAAAGCUGCAACACUGCCUCGGACAAAAGAACCUCCAAAUGCCCUGUCACUUACCCUGACGAGACCGGUGGAGAGUAAGUCAGGGGCAACAUCUCCAAAGUCACCUUUAUCUCCAAGACAUGCAAAGUGUUUGAAAACAUAUGUAGUGAUAACUCUUCCAUCUGAGCCUGGCUCACCAACAGAAGUAAUAACUGUCCAGGCACCAAUAAGACGAGGCUCCAUCCCAACUACAAAAAGGCCAGGGGUACGAACAACGCCUUUGGAACAGAAAUCACCCGGUGACACGUUUUCAGCACAGGCCCCAGUUCGGAGAGCUUCUGUCCCCACUGUGAGGCAUCCACCCCCAAUACCCAUUGCAUCAACUGUUCCAUUGGAGCAAGUGACAGUGGUCUCGAAAGUGCCGUCUGGAUCUGAUCAGGAAACGCCAAUUCAGGUCUAUUGUGUACCAGAUCCAAUAAAGAAGCCAUAUAUACCUGUGAUAAUGCAACACCAACAACCAGUGGGUCAGCCAUUGCCACCACCUACACUAAUGCAACAAAACACAACAAAGACAUCAGAAAUUAUAAGUGAAACCACUGCAAGACCACAACCUGAACCAACAGUCACUCUUCCAAAGAUGGCCUCAGAUGGUGUGAAACUUUCAAAGGAGAUGUCAGCUGAAGCACACGUUCCUGUGGCCCAAAUACAAACACUGCCAACUCAGCCCCUAUCACAAUAUGUAGUUAUUCCACUACAGCCUGCAGUACCGUCUGAUAUACAAAUUCCCAAAGAAAAUACAGUUAUCGUGCCCUCAACUGAAGUCGAAAAACAAGAAGAAAUGGCAAGUCUCGUCACUGAGACAGCUCUAAGAUCAGUUAUAGCAAUGAGUCAGCAGCUACCUCUUCAGCAGCAACCUAUGGGACAUGAAACAAUGACUGACUCACUGACGUCUACUACUGAAUUCAAGUCAGUUCAACAAAACGUGCAGCAAAUACCUGCACAGCAACCAUAUUCUGUAGCUCAGGUGGGGACAGUCCUCGCAGAGAGAGAAUCUCAAAAUGAUUAUGUUGUUGCAAUACCAGAAGUACAAAUAUUACCUCAGGUGUCUCAAGAGGUUGCUACAGCUCCUGCACAACUGACUCCGUUAACGAGGGAGAAGAUAGCUGCAAAUGCUGACGUGUUUCCCUCACCUGUUAUAAUGGAGACACAACAUAUAACUCUGCAACCAGACGGUCCUCCUAUUACUUAUAUGCCUCAUGUCUAUGGAACUAUUUCAUCAUCACCCAUACCAUGUUCAACACCCCCAUUUGAAGUUACUACAAUACAGCCAGAUGCGACACAGGCCGUUGCAAGACAAGUACAGAUGUCAUCAGUGAUACAGCCUCAAGUAGUGGCUUCAAUGCCCACUGAAGUUUUUCUAUCUGAGCAACCUUCAAGAGAAAGGAGAACAUCUGUAUCAUCCAUUGGAAAUCAACCAUGCAGCGUAGGUGAAAUAUUUACCGUUCCUACAGAUUUGGAAAUACCGGCUCAGGUUUUCAACACUGAGGGCAUUGCUGCUGCAAGAAGGCAAUCUUUAACCAUGCAACAACCAUUUGUAAUAAACAUACCAGCUGAAAAAGAUGUCCCUCUCAAUGUGUUUGAUACUACCUGCAGAAAAGGUUCAUAUCCUUCAAUCGAACAACCACAGCUAUUAACAUAUUCAUCAGAAUAUGAUCACCCUCUGGAGAUAAUAACCACUGAGGCAUACACAAGGAGAACCUCAAUACCCGCUGUCCAGGACAUUCCAACUGCUGGACCUGUUGCUCCAAUCACCAUCACUAAAAUUCAGCGAGAGUCCAUUGAGAGUCAAGAAAUUCGAGGACAAGAGAAGGUUGUCUCCAGCAUGAGUCGCAAGUACUCUUCUUCAGUUUCUGCCACAGGUCAGCCUGCUGAAAUAUUACCAAGCUUAGUGACUCAGGUAGUAACCACUGAGGUCCAGAGGACUACUGUGUCUGUUGUCCAUGAAAGACUUCCACAGCAUACAACACCUAUAAAACCGGAUGAAAGUAAAUACCAAGCUCUACCUAAACAAAAUAGUGGAAUAAUCUAUCCUGGAGAUGUUAUGGAUCUACGGACCAUAAAAAUUGGUGCAAAGAUGACUGACCAAGGCAUGGACCUGACUCCAGCUGAGUUAUAUAGACAGUCACCCAAUGGCAGUGCUCGUCAAAUUACGGCAGUACAACCUGAAAUUGUAAAUCUUAGCGCUGAGGUUAUCCCAGCAACAACACUGUCUGUAGUAACUGAUAGCAUCACAAUAGUCACAUGCACAGCCACCAUUGCUUCAUAUAGCAACCCUCCAGCAGAGAAACCUCUUGACUUGCAAGGGCCUGUCACAUCAUUACCACUGCCUCUCACCACAUACAAACCAUUCGAACCACUGGCACAGAUUGUCUACAGACCUGUGGGAACCCUGCCUGUCGUCACCGUAGUAGCAUCCGCAGCUCAAGACGUGCCAAUUAAUCUUUCUUUUGGAUCACUAGCCAGAGGAGGGAAGCCAUUGACUUCUGGUCCAACAGACAUCAACAUUGAGGCCAUGUCUUUAGAGGCGACAGGGGCCAUGGAUCUGUCAAACUACAGACCAGUGAGAGCGAUGGUAGCUUUAUCUGGAACAAGUCCUGAAGUAAUAACCACAGUUGUCGAAGAUGAUGGGGCACCAGUUGAUCUUACUGCAGGUAGAAGGAGUGUAUGCUGUGAUGUUAUCUACAAAUUGCCAUUUACUGGGAGCUGUAGAACACAGCCCCCCGUCACAACUCAGCCUGACAACCUUUUGAACUACAAAGCUGAUCAGUAUGACACUGCCGGACAAUAUGGCAUCAGAGGGAUCAAUGGUGAAAAAUCACCAAUAUCCGAGGCCAGUCUCAGAGACGUAGGGCUCCUUCCCUAUGAUCCUAAUAAGGAAUAUGAAUACCUCAAUGGAUCUACAGACGGAGCUAUUGACCUCACUGCUACCAAACUCCCUUCUGGUAAAGCUCUUGACUACACUAGAAAAGCUACCACAGCAUUCCCUGGGAUUGCUGGGACUGCUUCUUCAUCUUCCCAGGAUGCUCUUGCUGGGUUUGGUGUAAAUAGUGCUCUAAGAACUUCAGAUGGAAUAGUGUACUCCUCUGUUUCUGCCCCAGUUCCAUCAACAUAUGCGAUUACCACCCAACCUGGCUCCAUCUUUAGCACUACUUCAGUGCCUACGUCGACAAUCCACAAUCAGUCUGUGCCCCAACAAUAUAGUUUUAUACCUGCCACAGACCAAGGCCAAAUUAUUCCUUAUGACACAGUGCUACCAAAGGAGCUUCUACCCACAGCACUGGCUGACAUCAUAACAGGCUUCCCCGAAAUGUAUUCAGAUACCACCCUGGAAGCACUGGCUGCUUCUUUGGAUGCGCUAGCUUUGUCUCCAAUAUUCCCUGGCUUAGACAGCACCAAGAUGGCUCAGUAUCAGAUGGAGAGGGAGUUUUUAGAGCUGGAGAAGCUAAAACAGCUGUGUCUUGCAGAGGAGUUAGAGUGGGAGAGACAAGAGAUCCAGCGUUAUCGUGAACAAGAGCAGCUGAUGUUGCAACAAGAGCUUGAGGAGCUCCAGGCUUUGAAACAACAGCUUCUCCUGCAGCAAGAGGAAGAACACCAUGCUCAUAUGAUGGCCCAGCAGGAAACUUAUGCCCAGCAAAAGGAGCAAUUGCAGCAAAUCCAGCAACUCCAGCUUCAACUUCAGCGGCAGUUAGAUGAGCACUAUGGUAACGUAGGCACUACAACAAACCUCCUUGAGGCCAAGUAUGCUGGAGUUGGAGACAGUGGACAGUACUGGCCUGUUAAAGAUGAGUCUACAGGUCCAUCAACUGGAACACAGGAAAGUCACGACCAGAAUAGAAUGGCAAAAAAUAUUCAAGAUGAUCAGGACACAGGUAAAAAGAUCAUUGACAGCGGCGUGCAGACUGAUGAUGAAGACUCAGCAGAGAAGCAGCACAUCGGAAGAAGGAAGAAAAAUAAGAGAAACAUUGAUAGCUCAGCACAGACUGACGAUGAAGACCAGGAUGAAUGGGAUGCUCCCACAAAGGCUCGGCGGCGCUCUCGCAAGCACAGCAGUGAAGGAAAACAUAGCUCUAAGGUUUCUAGCAUUGCUAUCCAGACAGUUGCUGAAAUAUCUGUUCAGACUGACCACUCUGGAAGCAUCAAACGACCCAACGUCCAGAUGGACACCAAGGUGGAAAUAAUCAAACACAUCUCAGCUCCUGAAAACUCUCAGCGAGGUGGUAGUCUGAGCUGUCAGACAGAUUCAGAUAGAAGACACACACCCAAUGAAAUGGGUUACGGCACACACCUAACAACUGAAGCACCGGCUAGAUCUAGAGGUUUCUAUACUUCAGUGUCCCCCCUAUCUCCUGAAAAAUCACUUGGAGGACAGAGAAUGCUGACUGCGGACCCAACCAGAUUUUCCUCUGGCCCUCGGUUAAAGCCUGGUCAGAAGUUUCUAUCUGAGCCUAAAUCUCUGAGUCCUACAACAGAAGACAGGAUGAGCGGAUACUAUGCAGAUAGUUAUUCCGGGCGAGGCUCUCCCUCUGGCACAGGUAAGAAGGUCAAGCGGACACUUCCAGAUCCACCUCCUGAGGAUGACUCGCUGAUGGGACGGUCAGGCUACAGCACCAACUCCGCCCGCCGCCGUCUUGCCCGCAGUACCACGAUGGCUCGGGCGAAAAUCCUACAGGAUAUUGACAAAGAGCUUGAUCUGGUGGAGAGGGAAUCUUCAAAACUACGCAAGAAACAGGCUGAACUAGAUGAAGAGGAAAAGGAAAUUGAUGCCAAACUACGGUACCUGGAGAUGGGUAUCAAUCGGCGAAAGGAGGCCUUACUGAAAGAACGAGAGAAGAGGGAGAGGGCCUAUCUCCAAGGGGUGGCGGAAGAAAGAGAUUACAUGUCAGACAGUGAGGUUAGCAACAUUAGAGAUGACAGGAGUGAUGGCCUGGAGAGGCCGCGGACAGCACCCCAGUCUGAAUUUGAUCAGUUCAUUCCCCCACAGACAGAAGCCGAUUCCCAGUACAACACGCUCACGAGCCCCUACUCCCAUUAUGGCCAGUAUGUUCCCCAGACUCAAACCACUAGCCAUUAUAGUCAACAUAAUCUGUAUGAGCAGUCUGUUUACCACCAACAAGUAUCACCUUACUCCACCUUAUCCCUUCCCCAUGGUCAAGAUCAGUCUAGCAGCUACCAACAUGCGCUGCUCUUACAAGGAAAGCAGCGUCAAACCAACCUGUCUGAUUUAGAACCUAAGAUCUCUACUAACUAUGAGGUCAUACGUAACCAGCCUCUAAUUAUUGUUCCGACUUCCUCAGAAAGUGGCUAUGGGGUGGCUCAUCUCGGAGGCAAGUAUGGCAGCUUAGAUUUAAGGCUAGGACUAGAGGAAAGGAGCAUGGCCUCUAGUCCUAUGUCAAGCAUAUCUGCAGAUUCCUUCUAUGCUGAUAUUGACCACCACAAUGCCAGAAACUAUGUGCUGAUCGAGGACAUUGGGGAACUCACCAAAGCCUCCACAGGGUUGGGUACCACUGGCUUGGGUUCUGGUUUUACCCUGCCUGAUAAGGAAUUGUCUAAGGCUGACAGACUACUUAGGGCAGCAGAAGUCAGACGCACAGAGGUAGCAGAUUUUUUAGGGCCGUCCCAAGUUCAAGGUUAUGGUAAAGGAGAAGAUGACACUAUGGAAGAACCUUAUGAGUUAAAGCUACUGAAGCAGCAGAUCAAGCAAGAGUUCCGGCGAGGGACUGAGGGACUAGAGCAUUUACCAGGCUUGGGACUUCCUCAGUAUCUCCCAAGUGACAGCAGCUUUCGCCACUUCCCAAAAGGUGAAAAGUACAGCAUUGGAAGGCUCACUCUGGAAAAACAGGCUGCAAAACAGCUCCCGGCUGCUGUACUUUACCAGAAACAGAUGAAAAACAAAAAGGCUUUAAUUGACCCAAAAGCCAUCACUAAAUUCUCCCCCAUUCAGGAGAGGCGAGAUUUGGAACCAGACUUUAGCAGCUACAUGGGAUCUGGAGCUUCUUCUGUGACCAAUCUGGCUGCUAGGGCAAGGUUGCUUCAGGAUGAGAUUACAUUUGGACUAAGGAAGAACUUAUCAGAGCAGCAGAAAUACUUGGGAUCCUCACUGGGGGCUAAUCUUGCUGGUUCUCUUGGACAGUCUCUCGGACUCGGUUCCACUAUUAGGGCCACUGUCCAGGAUGAUGGCACCUACCCAAGUGGAAGCCGCUCCAGACCAUCAUCUCGUCCGUCUUCCCGGCCCUCCUCUGUCUAUGGCUUGGAUCUAUCAAUCAAACGGGAUCUUUCCAGCUCCUCGCUGAGACUUAAAACAGAGGGGGAUGUUUUAGAUGCAGCAUUUGCUCCCGGUGUGACCAGAGCAAAGCCCACCAGUUUGCCUAUCAGCCAAAGUCGGGGCCGUAUUCCAAUUGUGGCUCAAAACUCAGAGGAGGAGAGCCCUCUCAGCCCUGUGGGGCAGCCUAUGGGUAUGGCUCGGGCUUCAGCGGGACCUCUCCCUCCAAUUGCUGCCGACUCCAGGGACCAAUUUGGAUCUAGUCACUCUCUGCCGGAGGUUCAGCAACAUAUGAGGGAAGAAUCUCGGACUUGCGGCUACGAUCGAGAUAUUACAUUCAUCAUGGAUGACUUACAAGGUGCCAUGUCGGACAGUGAAGGACUCAGUGAGUCCAUGCUGGUGUUGAACAGAGACGAAGCCAGAAUCUUUCAUGAAAGUAUCAGACACGCUGGAGGCCCAAACUGGAAUAUAGAAGCCUACCACCUGAGGAGAGAGGACACAGACUGGUUUGAUAAACCAAGAGAAGGACACCCUCAACAUAGACACAUGGUGGAAAGGAGACAGAUGAAACUGGUCCCUUAUGUCUUCCCUCACACUCGCGUCAAGCUUACGAGAGACCAGAGGGACUCCAGUGUGUCAGGGAACGGUCUUGGGAUACGAGUGGUUGGCGGCAAGGAGAUUCCAGGGUGCCGUGGAGACAUUGGAGCCUAUAUUGCCAGAGUUAUUCCUGGUGGAGUUGCAGAGCAAACGGGAAAAGUCACAGAGGGCAUGCAGGUGUUAGAGUGGAACGGCAUCCCGCUGACUGGAAAAACCUAUGAAGAAGUGCAAGGCAUCAUGAGCCAGCCGUGCACAGAGGCGGAGCUCUGUGUAAGACUCGACCUUAAUAUGCUGUCUGACCCCGAGCACCCACAAGUCCUGGAGUACCAUGUCCAGCUUAAGGCUGUCGGUGGGCAGCGUUCUCCUGGUGUGGAUCCUAAGCAGCUGGCUGCAGAGCUGCAGAAGGUGUCCCAGCAGCAAGCUCCAGACAUAUUGGGCACAGGAGUUGGACCUGGAGGGUUGGGAGUGUUGUCAGCAUUGGAGAGGUCAGCUCUACUCCACUCAGGCACUGGAUCUGCAGCUUCCAGUGGUGUGCCGAGCCCUGGCCAGCCUGCAUCCCCUGCCAUAAACAAGAAACGGCACAAGCCAACAGACACAAUGAAGAUAUCACAUCCCAUUACUGGAGAAAUUCAGUUGCAGAUCAACUAUGACAGAAAUGUGGGAAACCUGAUUGUGCAUGUGCUCCAGGCCCGAAACUUAGCCCCAAGGGACAAUGACGGCUACUCUGACCCUUUCGUCAAGGUCUACCUGCUACCGGGGAGAGGACAAGUCAUGGUUGUCCAGAAUGCAAGUGUUGACAACAAGAGGAGGACCAAGUAUGCACAGAAGACCAUGAAUCCAGAAUGGAACCAGACAGUUAUCUACAAGAACAUCCAUCUGGAACAGCUGAAGAAAAAGACUCUGGAGGUGACUGUGUGGGACUAUGACAGAUCGUCAUCCAAUGACUUCCUCGGAGAAGUGUUGAUUGACUUGUCAAACACAUCCCAGUUAGAUAACACUCCUCGCUGGCUGCCACUUAAGGAACAAAGUGAGAGCAUUGAACACAGCAGAGCCCACCAUGGAGCUCAGGGACCACCUGGGUCUGGAUUCGGUCAGGGGAACAGUCAGGGACAUGUCCCAGGCCAGGGUCAUCUACCGGGGCCUGGGAUGGGGCCUGGGCAUGGUACAGGACAGGGACAAGGACCAGAUCAGGGAGAAGGGAGUUAUGAUUCGCCUAAAAACUCUGUAAUCAAGAGCAGAAGCCAUGGAAUCUUCCCUGAUCCCUCCAAAGAUUGUCAGAUGUUGCCUCUGGAAAAGUCCCACAGCAGCCCGGGUAGCUCCAAGUCUUCCUCUGAUGGCCAGCUACGCUCCCACGGGCCGUCUCGAAGCCAAAGCAAGAGCAGUGUCACUCAGGCCCACCUGGAGGAUGCUGGGAUAGCCAUUGCUGCUGCUGAGGCUGCCGUGCAACAAUCCCGCCUGCAACCAAGACCAGGACACAGGCUAGGUGAUGUCUCAGGGUCAGUGGUCCUGUCGGCCCCCAGUCUGGUAGGGGACGCCUAUGGAGGACUGGAUUCGGGUGAAGGAGGUGGAACUGGAGUGGACAGCGCCAUUUUUCAAGUGCCACGGAUUGGUACUAUUCCCAAUGGAACUGACAAAAACCACCUGGGGACUCCAGAGAAUGAAGGUAAAACCCAAGUGAUGGGUGAGAUCAAAGUUGCUCUAAAGAAGGAGGUGAAGACAGAUGGUGACCAGUUGGUCCUGGAGAUCCUUCAGUGCAGGAACAUUACUUACAAGUUCAAAAGCCCAGACCACCUGCCAGACCUGUAUGUGAAGUUGUACGUGGUCAAUGUGGCGACUCAGAAAAGGAUCAUCAAGAAGAAAACCAGAGUUUGUCGUCAUGACAGGGAGCCUUCUUUUAACGAGACCUUCCGAUUUCCUCUCAACCCCACAGGACACUCCAUACAGCUUUUCUUAGUGUCCAACGGAGGGAAAUUCGUGAAGAAGACUCUCAUCGGGGAAGCUUACAUCUGGCUAGACAAGGUGGACAUGAGGAAGAGGGUGGUGAGCUGGCACAAGCUGCUCGUUAGCUCCACUCCGACCAACCUCUAAAGCAGAUGGAGUUGAGUGGUGCUGCUUGCAAAUGUCCAAUUAAAAAAAUGACUUAUUUUAAUUCACAGCCAUCCACUUUUACAUCCAUAAAAGGUUGCUUCCGAUGUUACAUAAUGAUAACUGCCAGGGCAUGUGUGCUGCCCCCUGCUGGUGGGUGACCUCAAUUGCCUCUUUCACAAAGAGACCCUGCAAAAUAGCGCAUCAGAGCUGUAACAGAGGAAGCAUUUAUCCGUCUUUGCCUUUCACACAGAACCCUGUAUCCUGUAACUGUAUGUGUUUUCACAUACCUGGGAUGCAUCCAGAUACAUGAAAAACAGGAAACAGGAAGUGAAGUGUCCCUUCCGGACAUGUUGAAUUGUCUAAACACCUUAAUCCAACAUAUUAAGCAUGAGCAAUACACAUAAAAUCAUCACCAUGUGCUGGUCACUCCUCUGUUAUGGCUCUGAUACUACCUCUGUAAAAAAUACUGUGUGUCAGUGCCGUUUAUACAGAAGUUGGAAAAACAGCAGCUUUUUCAUGCAGUUUUGCUUCACCUCAUGCCAUUGUGGUGCAUUCAUGUAGGAAUGUUUUAUUAGGGAACAAAAGGUCUUGCAAGUUUGGUAUGAAAACAAGUUUGUCAGAAAGUUGUCACAGAUUACAGAGACUUAAAAUAUAUACAGAGUGUGAUGUUGAUAUAAAAUAUCAGAUACAGAUGAUAUAUGAAUAUGAGUAUAUAUGGUGGCGUCCUGACAAUCUGCUACAGAUUUCAUUUCUAUUUCUGGAGAUGCACCACAAAAUAGGACAUCAUGCAGUAACACAUUAUACAAGCAGCACUGUAAGGUCAAAUGAAGCAGUGCUGAGUGGAAUGUUAGAAACAUUAGACAUGAACUAGUGUUUAUGUGUUUAUUAAUUGUACUUCCUGACAGCCUAUCAACACUCUUCUACUGAACACAAAGUCUAUUUGUGAAGUCUGGCCCUCCUCUCCUGCUGUGUGUGCUGUCGAACUCACUGUGCUGUUGUGUGUCUGUGUGUGACUCCUGGUGCAACACGGUGAACCAGCCUUUUUCACUGCCUGUCACCAAAACAUUCCCUCAGGCCCCCUCACUUACACAAAAUCAUAAAAAGGACGCAUGGGGUCAAAUGUCGGCACUCAUAUAGUGCAGGUGACCCCUUAAAAUAGUCAUUAAAAAAAUGGAAAAAUCACAAUCAACUCAGCAACUAACUGCAUAUUUAAGCAUUUCACCUUUUGAUGCAUUUUGAAAAUUGUAUACAAGAUGUCACUCUAACAGCAAAAAAGACACACAAAUUAUAUUAACUAAAGCAAAGAAUACAUUUUUUUUCAGAAAUGUGUUUUAUCGUGCCAUUUUUUUUCUUCAAAACCCAUCAGUUCUUUUGGGGUACUUCUAUGCAACAUGUUUUUUUGUUGUUUUUUAAGGAAUUAAACGUACUCAAUCUUAUAUAUGUUUAAGCAUAAGGUCUAUUAAAGUAUUUAAUUUUCUAGCUGAUUUAAUAUAUAUUGAUGAUGUUAAUAAGUGUUAACAUCCACAUGGAGCUUGUGCACUUUAUCAUAUUGUUUAUUUUCUCAUUUGUCAUGUGAGAUCAAGUGUUUUUCUGCACUGGAAUGAAACGGAAAUGUGUUAAGAAGUUGAUGUGAUGUGCAGUUUGUUGAUGUCUAUGUAGCAAAUUUUAAGGAAAAAAAAUAGUAAAUAUGAGGAGUACCAAAAGGCAAUGCACAAUUUAGGAUGAAUUACUUGACAACAUAAAAUAAAAGACUAAUUCCGACAAAUGCAAAUGCUCGCUAAUGACUGUUUUCCCUAGUAGACUCCCCUCUAACACAUUACUGUUUGUCCUGUUGCCUGUUAAUUGUGCAAUCCUCCAUUUGUCGUUGUCCUGCAGGGUGCGAAUGUGACUGACGUUAUUUGACAUUGUACAUAACGUGUUUAUUUUCUACAGAGUGAAUGUUUAUUUUGUCCAAAUGUGAGCAUGCAUGGGUGUUGAGGAGUGGAGAAUAAAAAAAGACAUAUAAAUGUACAGUAAUCAGUGUCUAUAAGUGAGAAGACAAAAAAAAUCCACUUCAAAUGUCGUCUGAGACUUUAUGUUUUGGAUGUUGCAUGUUUUUUUCGUCUCAGAGAUUAUAAUUUGAAAAGAGAGAGAAUAUGUAUAGAUUUAUCGGUAUGCUGACUGUAAAGAAAAAUGCUUGUACAAUUGUCUUGUUUUACACGCUGUGUAAAAAAAACAUAAAAAAUGUAAUGUAAUGGUUUUGUGGUUGUACACAGGAUGUGUUGAGAUAUUAUGCAAAUUGUGCUGUAAAAAAUAUCCCUGCCCCCUAUGAGUCAAAAGAAUAAAUAUUAAGAAGAGACUAUAUUAAA